CAGGAAGGUCAAAAUGUUCAUGUAAUAAAAUCUGGCCAACAAUGCUUCAUAAAUAAAACUUUAAUAAAACACACCUGCAAGUUUCUAUUUACAACGAAAUAUUGAUUAUUUGGGCGAUAAUAAAGGUGUUAUUACUUUUCUUCUGUAAGUUAGUUUUUUAAAUAUAUUUUAAUGUUAUUUUAUAAUUUAAUCUUAAUUAUGCUACAAUAAGUUAUAAGUGUGCUUUAAAUAAGUUGCUUGUUGUGAAGAAAACAGUUAUAUUUACCUAUUUUCGAUAGCGGUGCCAAGUCGGCCCUAAACUAAACUCUGAACUAUUUGCUAACAUAAACUAUUUCAUUUAGUAUACUAUGAAAACACUGCGUUUGCCCGUUUAUCAGUUAGUAAAUUUAUUUAAAUAAACAGGUAUCAUUAAUUACCCUUGAAAUAGGACUGCCAAGAGAAGUGGUAUGGAAUAAAAAAGCAUUUGAAUAAAAUUGCCAUAUUGAAAUCAAAUCUGAUGUUUUUUAAGUUUUUUUUGGUGUGCAUUGGAAGAGGGGCAGUCUUAUACACUGGUAUAGUCCAAACCCUAUAUUUUAACAGGAAAAGUAGGGGAUCAUCUUAUAUGCCAGAAACACUAUUAUAGGCCUACCCCCAACCCAGCUUAUUAUUUGUAGGACCUAUUGUUAUAAAUUAUAUGUAAUGAUAUUUUAGGCGAUGUAAACAUAUUUUAAUGAUUAUGAGUCUUAAGAAGGCAUAAACCAAGAAUAAAUGUAAAAAAUAAUCACUUACCUUUAAAAUUGAAAUUUCCUAUAUUUAAUCACAUCACACUAGUCCGCGAGAGAGUUAUGAUAAAUAUUGUAACAGAUCAAGAGGGAACUAGUUUCUAGAGCGGAAGCUCACUUGACCCUUAAGUAAAGCGGAGCAGUGCACAAUUUUUUAUCUUAGAGGUAGCAGACAUGUUUUAUUUUUCUCUCGUAUAGAUUAUUAGAGUAUUGAAGUAAUGUGAUUCAAUUGUGAUGAGGAAUAUUGAAUAAGUAUGUGAUUAUUGCAUCCUAGAAUUAUUGCAGGAUAUCCUCCUGGCAAGUCUUAUUAUUGUCGUGUUUAAUUUAUAUAAAAAAGUACUGUAUCAAUUCAUUGGAAGUUGACACUUCAUUGUGUGAGAGGACAGCUAAGUUUGAAUUUGAGGAGUGAGAGAAUAGAUUACGCAAGUGAUAGCGGCAUCCAUGACAAUCAAAAAAAGUAUUAGUUAACCAUGUCAAGGAUCAGUGGCGUAGCGAGGCAGGUGCGGGAGGUGCGGACCGCACCGGGUGACACCAUUUUAGGGGUGACACCCGAUUGAAAAAUUGCAUAUUUACAGGGCACAUAUUGCUCGCAAAAAUCGAGAUUCAUAAAAGAAUAACCGAUCACACAUAUAUUUUUCACAAAUGUAACCAAUCCAAAUGUGUGCUUUAUUAAAAGUUCAAGGUUGAUGCUAUACUGUGGACUUAUUUUAACAAGAAAAAAUCGAUCAUAGAAGUUUGGGGGGGGGGUGACACCAUGAGUUUACGGCACUGGGUGACACCAACCCUAGCUACGCCACUGUUAAGGAUUGCUACAUCAGCAAUAGAAAAGCAUGUGUUACAAAUAUAAUCCUCAGUAUUUUCAAAGAAAAAACAAACUUGCUGGCACAAUAAUUCAAAAAUAACAAGAUAUUUCUAAGGAACAGUUAUAAAACCUUGUACUUACCUCAAGAAAAUGACUAGAACUUAUUCUAAUUUCUGUCAACCACCAAAGCUGAUUCUAACAAUGCAAGUUAAUAAGUUAAUAUGUAAAACAAGAUUCCUAACUUAAAAUAAAUGACAUACUAAUUUUUUGUUCUUAUUCAUAUGGGACUACUGGUACAUAUAUAGAAAAUGGUGAAAUAAAAAGUAUAUCGUCAAUUUUAACUAAAUGAAUCAAAUAAUUCAGGAAUUAUCAUAAAUGCUAGACAACUAGAUCUACAGACAAAAAAACCAGUUAUAAGCAUAUUCUCAACCUUAUUCUUUGGCUGCAAUAUAUAUAAUAAAAUACUACUUUUCUGUUAUUUAUGUAAAACUAAUGUUUUAACAUUUUUUAAAACCUUUAUCUGACUUGAUACUAAUACUACACUAAAUUUUAUUUAAGAUUUUUUUAAAUAUUACUAUUGUAAGGUUAUCAGUUUUUUUGUAUUUAAUAUUUAUUUGGUAAAGAUUUUAAAAAAGAAAUCAACAGUAUAUAAUAGUUACCGGUACUCCAAAACUCACUUUGCAUGUCAUAAAAUACUGUACACUGGCCGAGUCAAAUAGACGGUAAUUGCAAAUUAUAUCGUUUUCCAAUGACUUCUACUGAGAGCUAAAUUGGAGGUAAUUGUAUCUUUGCAGUUGUGUUUUCUGCUAUCAAAAUCAAUGAAAUGAUUUGUGUAACUGGAUAUCACAAUUCAAUAAUAUCAUUUUAAGUUGCAGCAUUGAUUCAAGUGCUGUUAACCUGUAGUGAUUGGUGGAAAGACUGUGGAACAGUAAAUAAAAUUAACAGUUGUUAGUUUGCAAAAUAGAUGGAGUUUCAACUGCUGCUUACUAUCUCAUAACAAUCAGGUCCACCUGUCAUCAUGUAUUUGUGUAAACACAAACAUCGCUAAAUAGUGACUUGAAUUUCGGAACUAUCAAUUUCUGUAGAUUGUAUCACGAAAAAGCAUCCAAUAAUUAAGUAAUACAGUUGUACAUCCUAGCUUUGGAUAACUUUUUCUUGCUCUCAUAAGCAGAUUAGUCGAAUUUUAUUAAUUUUUUUUUUUUUUUUUUUUUUAAUCAUUUUAAUUUUUUUUUUUUUUUUUUUUUUAAGCAGUUUAGGAUCUCUAGUAAUCUCCCAAACAACAAAACCUUGCUAUAGCUUAAUAAUUUGUGUCUAUAAAUUGGCUUAUGUUAAUGCACAGUUUUCCAAUAUUUUGGGAUUGUUUAAAAGUAGGAAGAGAAGUGAUUUCUUUUUUUUUUUUAUAAAAUUAUUUUUUUUAAAGCUAUUGUGGAUAAAGAGCUAUUUGGUGUGGAUUUUUGUAUUUUGUGUACACUUUUUCACGUACUUCUUAAAUUUGCGAAUGAAUCUACACAUUUUCUGAAGCCAUACCAUUGAUGCAGUAUAUUGAAUUGACGUUAUUGUUGGGCACCUUUGUAAUUAGUGGAACCCUGCUGUUGAGUGUUGGGACUGUUGGUUACAUUAUAACUUAGUAUAUUUUUUCUUUCUUCAGCAUGGAGACUUCUGACACGCAAGAGGCAGUCAUGCCAGCAGGUGACAAUACAGUAUCAAGUGAGUCUAAAGUUGAAAAACAAGCAGCAUCAACAUCAGAAAUUGUGGAACAUGAAACAAUGGAAGACAAAUUGAAUGACACAGAGUUGUCACAAGAUGACCCUGAGUGUGAAAAUAUCUCAAAUGGUAACGAUGAGCAAUCAGAAGAAAAAGUUGCAGAAUGCGAACAAGAAUUUAAAAGUGAGGUGACAAGUGUUGGUAGUGGAAAGGAAAAUAUUGACAGUGGAGAUGAGAGUUUAUUAGAAAAGUCUGAUUUUAAUGACAGUGAACUGGAUUCAAAUGCAAUUAAUACUUUUGAAAACCCAACUGACAAGAAACAUUCUUUGGACAGUGACCAGGGACCAUCUCCAAAAGCAACUGAAGGGGGUGAUGUUGAAAGAAAUGAAAGCCAUGGGGAUGAUGGUUCUGGAAGUGAGCAGUCAAAGGAAAUUGAUGUGAAUUCUUCAGCUCCAAGCAAUUUGGACAAGGAAGAUUCCCAGCCAGACCAAGAAGUUACCAAUGAAUGUGAGAGCAAUAUUAAAACACAUGAAAAAGGUGCUGUAAUUGUUAAUAGUGAAUCAACGUCCUUCGCCGCAGAUGCGGUCAAUAAUGAAAUAAAUAAAAACCUUGCAGGAAAGGAUGGCAGCCAAACAACAGAGACAUCUGCGGAUGUAUCAUCUGCUACCACAGAUGAUAGUGGGAAAACCCCCGUUGAUGAUGAAAAGCUUAAAAAAUUAGAAAGCAUUGCAGAAACAGAAAACACAAAAUCACCGGCCAUGGAAAGAGAAGUAAAUGAUUCGAAUGAAAAUUCAACAGAAAGCAACGACAAUGCUAGUAUUUCUAGACCUGCGGAUGCCAGCGAUAGUCAAGAAGAGGGUGAAGGGGAGUCGAGCACAGAAAAGGUGAUCACUGAGAGGCUAGAGGAGCCGGAAGGGUUGGAUACCCAGCCCACAGCCAUAGGAGAAAGUUCUCAGGCGGACCAACUUGAAUUGCAGUCAGAAUUAAGUGAAACUCAAGAUGAUCUCACCGCCUCCGCAGAAAUGCCUUCUGAGGAUUUGGCGUCAGAAGAUUCACAGGGCAGCCAAGAGGCUAGUGUUACUAAUGCAAGUAAAGAUUCUGAGAAUGUAGAAGAAGGAUUGGCUCCCAGGAAACGUCAGAGAAAAAUUACAUCUAAAUUGUAAGUACUUUUACCUAGUCAAUUUUUUUUAUUUAAAAAAAAAUUUGAAUAUUCUUUUCAUUAUGUUGUCUUUUACAAUUGUUUUCUUUGAGUGUUUUUGUUUUCCCGUAAAUUAAAAAAAAAAUAUUUCAGGCAUGAAAAUUUUAAAUAAAUUUUAAUAAAUUUUCAGACGAGAAAUGAAAGAGGCAAUGGCUACUGAAACUGUUACUCCUGUCCAAACCAAAAACAAGACUGUGCGAUCAAAAACCAAAGUUGUGCACUCUCCUGCCGAGGUUACUCCCAAAUCAUCACCUCAGACGCGGCCAAGAGAAGAAAGCAAAGAUCUUGCCAAUGGCUGGAGGAUUAGGGCAGUCCAGCGUAUGACUGGCGUGUCAGCUGGAAAAUAUGACAUUUAUUAUUACAGGUAUGUAAAGAGUUUUUUAAAAUAAAGCUUUUAAAAAUGGGGAAAAGAGACUUGAUAUUUAAGGAAAAAAAUUAUUCGUGCGGGCACAUAGCGUUAUAAAAAAUCCAAUGGAUCAGCACCAUUUAUGUCUGAAACUACAGUUAAGACAAUUUCCUUUUCUCUAAUCUUUCAGCCCUGACAACAAAAAGUUGAGGUCAAAAACAGAGAUACUGGCCAUGGUUGAAAGAACUGGUAUGGAGUUGGACAUGGAGAUGUUUGAGUUCAGGCUGGUCAAGUUGAAAGAAAAGGGUAUCCUUGACCUAGUAGAUUUACCUGAAACCAAAACCAAAUUUGCACUUCCCCCAAAAACACCAACAGGAAAGAAAAAUCUAGGAGGUGUUAAGAAGGCAAAGAGUGGUUUUCUGAAUAACAAGUCACUUUUUAAACACACUAAAUUGUCUAUUACGGAAGGGAAAGACCAGGUGAAAGUAAAAUCUGGGGGCCUGUUUGGGAAGAAAAGUUGUGCCACAGAAGCAGUGGAGGACAAGGAUCAGCAGCCAUUACAAAAGCUGGUCAUCAAAAUGCCCUUUGGCAGUGGCUUUGGCAAAUCUAAAAUGUCUAGAAAAGAGACCAGUCAAAUUUGCUCUUAUUUUGCACCUACUGAUGGAGAAGGGACGGAGUCUGAAGAAGCUAAGGAUCUUGUUGGAGAUGAUUCAGGAGGCCCUCAGUUUACAGCUGUUGUUGAGAAGGGCAAAGGUCAAUUGAAAACAGGGAAACAAAGUGCAGUAACACCUUCCCCUAAAAAGAGAGGCAAGAAAUCACAAGAUAAAGUAAGUUUAGAGAACAGCCAAGAUGCUGAUAUUGAGACCACCACAUCUGAGCUGGUCCAAACACCCGUAUCCAAAAAACGUGGCAGAAAACCAAAAGUUGUGUCAGGGACUCGACCCGGCAAGGAGGCUACCAGCUCUAGUAUGGCCGACGGACAGGAUGUUGACCAGUCAUGUACACCUGAGAGUCAUGUGUCCCAGAAGGGAGGAAAGAAACCCAAGCUGAGCAGCACACCAAGUGCUCCGGCAGUUCUAGAAUCAGAGAUGUUCAGUGAACUGGAGACAUCAGUGGAUGAGUGUGCACAGGAUUCAUCAAUGGCAAGCCCAAGCCACAAUGAUAGUCCCGUCUCCCAUCUGCCAGAGAAAAAGAAAAGAGGCCGCCCCAAGACCGUGACCACAAAAACUCUGAAGCCAGGCACAAUGGUCAGACUGACCCCCAAACCUUUUGUUGCUCCCAGUAGACAGGAACCAGCGGUCCAGCCUGUAGCAUCGGCCCCUGCCCCGCUUCACACAACACCUGGCAAAAAGAAACGUGGAAGGCCACCAAAGUCUUCUGUCACAGACACAAAAAACUGUGGACAGGGCCUGGAAAGUACUGGAGUACCUGUAAAAAAAAUGAAACUAGAUACGUCUACGUCACUGUUUGAAGAAUCCUCGAAACCAUCACCUGAAGACAAUCUUUCAGAGAGUAAAGAAGACAUUCUGUCAGAUAGUAAAGAAGACAAUCUUUCAAAGAGUAAAGAAGACAUUCUGUCUGAUAGUAAAGAAGACAAUCUCUCAAAGGGUAAAGAAGAAAUUCUGUCAGAUAGUAAAGAAGACAAUCUUUCAAAGAGUAAAGAAGACAUUCUGUCAGAUAGUAAGGAAAAAAUUCUUUCAAAGUGUAACAUAGAUAGUCCUGAGGACAUUGGUAAAAGGAACGAAGAAACAAAUGUUGAAAAGAGUAAUCAAGAAGUGAAGGCACAUGAAGUAAAAAAUGAAGGCAAAAGGAAAGUUGGAAGGCCUCCUAAGAAAAAGUCCCUAUCUUUACUGAAAUCCACCAGCCCGAUAGAUCAUUCUGGUGACAUAGCCACUACAGAAAAAGCCACAACAGACAAAACUGAUGGACCUUCUGCUGACCAAAAUGCAAACAUUUCUUUAGAAAAUAAAUCAGCACUUGCAGCAUCACCCAAAAAACGUGGAAGGCCUAAGAAGAGUCUGGGCAAAUCAGCUGACAAAGAUGUUAAUUCAGACCUUAGCAAGACACCUAAUGAAAGUUUACCAGCAGAGCGAGGUAGAGAGCAGAUGGAAGAAAUGACAUGGGAAGAGUACCAGCUAGGACUGGAGCAGCAAACACAAAUACAGCAGUCCUUUCAACACUCUGUCAUGCCAAGAAAGUCCUUGCCAUUUGAAGAUAAUGAAAACUCCCUGGUAGAGUUCCUCUCAGUACAGAAUGGUAUCAACAACAAGGAACCAGAGGAAAUCACAGCAGAGAUGAUUCUAAGUAACUGUAACUGUAAGUUUAUUCAAAAUGGUUUUUUUAAUUUUAUUUCUUAAUACAUUGUCUUCUUCUUGAUUCAACACCCCCCCCCCCCUUUCUUCCUCCCCAAUUUUAGAGUUAGAAAAUUUUAUACUUAUUCUAAAUUAUUGAAUUCUUUAUUUUUUAUUUUUAUUUCUUAAAACUUUUUUUUUUUCUUAUUUAACCCCCCCCCCCCCCCCCUUUCUUCCUCCCCAAUUUUAGAGUUAGAAAAUUUUAUAGUUAUUCUAAAUUAUUGAAUUCUUUGACAUACAUCAAUGACCAUAGGAGAACUUGAUUUCAAUUUUUAAUAAAUUAUUUUUGCAUUAUGUUGAUGGCAUAUUAAUCUUUAAGCCUCAAAAGUUACAAAAUAGUACAGAAUAUCAUUUUUUGUUUGUUCUGAUAUCCAAUUUUCAUACCUUUAAUUUUAUUAUUUUUUCUAUUUUAUUUUGUUCAACAUACUUUUUUGCAGCAUUUAAUGCAAAAAGCAAAUACUUUAAAAAAUAUGGUAACCUUACAAGGCCAAAACUUAGACGAGAUGAAAAGUGGAUUCCACCCAGGUCUCCAUUUUGCCUUGUUCAAGAAUCACUUUUUCAUGACCCAUGGAAGUUGCUGGUCGCCACAAUUUUCCUUAACAAAACUUCAGGUAUCUUCUUUAUUCUUACGAAGCAAAACUUGGGGGGGGGGGGGUGGGGGGGGGGGGGGGUAGCAUCUUUAUUCUCACCAAACAUUUAUCAAAACUUCAGGUACCUUCUUUAUUCUCCAUAAUCAAAACUUCGGGUAGUAUCUGUAUUCUCACCAAACAGUUAUCAAAACUUCAGGUACCUUCUUUAGUCUCACUAAGUAAAACUUCAAGUAGCAUCUUUAUUUUCACUAAACAAAUAAAAAAUCUCCAGUUACUAUGUUCAAAGUUUCAUUAUCACUCGAAGCAAUUUUUCUAUUUAAAAAAUUAAUAUUUCAGCUAAUUAAUGAAAUUUGUCAGUGCAGUCAACAAAUAAUUUUACUUACUGAAAUGAUAUCACAAGUAAAGCUAACUUUUUAAAACUUUACAGGUCGACAAGCCAUCCCAACUUUGUGGAAGUUCCUCAAUCGUUGGCCAACACCUGAGUUGGCUCGUUGUGCUGAUGAGGAGGAGGUGGCAGACUUGCUUUUUCCAAUAGGUCUCAACUAUACUAGGGCAAAGACAAUUAUUAGAUUUUCAAGUAAGCUCCAGUGUUCAUUUACAAUUUUAAAAAUGUCAUUUUUUUCUACUGUUUUACCUUUAUUGUGUUAUGAAGCUCAUUAAAUCUAAGUUAGCGUUGUUUGUUGUUGACCUCAAUCCUGUGUCAUUAGGCCCUUAUCUAGUUUCUCUAGGCUCUUAUCUAAGUUUCUCUAGACCCCUUUCUAGUUUCUCUAGACCCCUACCUAGUUUCUCUAGGCCCCUGCCUAGAUUCUCUAGACCCCUGCCUAGUUUCUCUAGACCCCUGCCUAGUUUCUUCAGAUGACUACCCAGUUUCUCUAGACGACUACCUAGUUUCUCUAGACCCCUACCUAGUUUCUCUAGACCCCUGCCUAGUUUCUCUAGACCCCUGCCUAGUUUCUCUAGACCCCUGCCUAGUUUCUUCAGAUGAAUACCCAGUUUCUUCAGAUGAAUACCUAGUUUCUCUAGGCCCCUACCUAGUUUCUCUAGAUGACUACCUACUUUCUCUAGACCCCUGCCUAGUUUCUCUAGACCCCUGCCUAAUUUCUCUAGGCCCCUACCUACUUUCUCUAGGCCCCUGCCUUGUUUCUCCAGACCACCUGCCUUGUUUCUCCAGAUCACUACCCAGUUUCUCUAGACGACUACCUAGUUUCUCUAGGCCCCUACCUAGUUUCUCUAGAUGACUACCUACUUUCUCUAGACCCCUGCCUAGUUUCUCUAGACCCCUACCUAGUUUCUCUAGACUCCUACCUAGUUUCUCUGGGCUCCUUGAUGCCUACCAAUCCCUUGUAAAUCUUGUUAUCUCCAUUUAUUCAACUAACCACAUAAGUACCAAAAUGCAGAUAAUCAAUGUCUCAAUUUUGUAGUUAUACCCCUUUAUUAACUCUUUUGAUGUGGAACAACACACACUGCGUUCUUCCGCCGUUCUCAAAAGCACAGGCCAAUGCGCUGUGCGUUGUUUCAAUAUCAUGUUCGUUUCUUUUCUACUUCUCGGUUAAACUUUUUAAGAGCUAUUUUUAAAUAAGACUUUUACAUAGAAGAAUGGUAUUUCAUUGUUUAUAAGCAAAACCAAGAUUUAUUUGUUCUCAUUUGAAGCAUUUUUUUUAAUGAUUUUCUUCGCUUUUUUUCUACUGUUGCUAUGGCUACUCUAGACCCUAGUAGGUGAAUAAGUUUCCUAGACGAUUAACAGCUCAAAAAGCUUUGGAAUAGUUUUAUUCUAUUUCUUUUGAUAGUGAAGAUGAUUUAUAUUUAGAUCCAUCGCAUGAUUCCCAUAGUACUAGUUUUAGAGGAUUUGAGUUAUAGAAGUGAAUAUGAGGUAUGUGUACAUCAUAAGCUUUGGGGGGAAAAUGGUUUAGCAUAAAAUGUUUUCACCUUUUAUGGUUCUUUUCUGUAACUUAUUUUAUUUAAACUGAAGAAAUAAGUUUACAAACAUAUAGUCCUUUCAAUUAUCUUUCAUUUGAUACCAAAUAAGUGUAGUCUUAUAAACCAAAUAUUAAUAUUUUAAAUAUUUUUUUAAUAAACCCAACCUCUCGCUCUUAUUUUUUCGAUUAAAAAAUCUGCAGCAAAAGAGUUAAUGGACUUUGGAAAAUUACAUCACAUACAUUUUUAUUUCUGAUUGGCUUUUUUUGAAAGGAUUUGGUGUAAUUAUAGGAUUCUGCCCUGCCAAUGUGUUUGAUUUAUCAUCAAGAAAAUCUCUAAUUUCUUUUCUUUUAUUAUUAAUUAUUUUUUAAGCAAUUAGAUGUUCAUUUAAAAAAAGCAAUUAGAUAACACAACUGUCACUCUUGAAUUAUUUUUGAAAACCAGGUGUUAGUUACUUUCUUGUCAUAUUGGGGGGGGGGGCGUUAAUUUAUGCCGAGAUGACAACCUACAGGAGAUGGUUCAUGGAAAUGGCAUGAAUUUUCAUGUAACUAAUAAAUUCUGCAGUAAAAAAUCAAAUUUUUGGGGGUAAAUCUUCUCCUCUGACAAUAUAAAUGAUUAGUCUUGAGAUCUGUUGCCAUGUAAUUUAUGUACUUGCAUGAUUCAAACUCUCAAUGAAUUGAAGCUGUUCUCUGACUCACAAAGAAGUAUAAUUCUAUUGAACAGAUGAAUUUCUCACCAAGAAGUGGACUUACCCUAUUGAACUGCAUGGCAUAGGGAAAUAUGGCAACGACUCAUACAGAAUUUUCUGCAUUAAUGAAUGGAAGCAGGUGAGCUGGUCUUUUAUAACUUAACAACAAUUCUGGGAUUUUCUUGAAUUCAGAUGUUGAAGAAAGGAAUAUUUUUAGUUCUGUGGUAACUAAUGUGAACUUGUUCAAUAUAAGAUAACAGCAUGGUUGACAUAAUUUUUGUUUUAUUAGAACAUAGUAGUAACUAUUUGAGCACUUUCACUAGUCGGUUUAAAAAGAAACUUGGCAAAAUGUAUUCUAUUAUUGACCAAUAGUUAUCUCGCUUUAAUUAUCAUUCUCUCCCCUGCAGGUUGAGCCCACAGACCACAAGUUAAAUGAUUACCAUCAGUGGCUUUUAGCCAAUGCUAAACGUUUGGGACUAAGCUGAGAUGUGCACUGGGCUGAGUUGAGAUAUGUACAUUGUGAUGUACGAGGGGGACAGCAUUCAUGAAUCAACCACCACCUAUAGUCUUUAGCAUUGAGUGUGUUCACUGAAUCAUCUGACCUAGUUUGACUGUUUUUAAUGAACUCUCCACGCCAUGAUAGAAAUUCCCCUCAAUGUUUAGGACAAAAUUCCAUUGUGUUUGCAGCAGGGUUGCACAGAGGAGACAAUAGUCCGAUGAUCAUUUAAUCAGCCCUGCUACAUUGGCCAAAGCCAAAGAAAAGGCCAUUUACUAUUUAUUAUGGUUUUUUUUUAAAAUGUAUUUAGCCUUGAGAUGCCAAUUGUAAAUUGCAAAUUGUCAAUGCAAGUGUCAAUAGUCCUAUCAUGCUAAUUUAUCAGUGCAACCCAUGUCAUGGCCAUUUAUAUAAUGCUGUCAUGGAUACACUGUUGUCAUGGUGAUGUAGACUCUCUUUUUAGGUAUGUAUUGGAGAUUAGAGUGGAAAAACUUUCAGCUUGUUCCAGUAAUUUUCGUUAUUUAAAUUUCAUGUUCUAUAAAUCUGUAGAAACAUUUUGAAGAACAUACAUGGGAAACAGAAUUUAUUACUGUGAUGGCUGAGGAUGACAUGCCUUGCACUUGUCUUGGGGUUGACAAAAACCACACCCUGAUCAGGUGAUUGACUAUGAAAAGGACAUAUUUUUUUCUUUCAUAAUCUUUCAGGUUUUUACCCCCACUCUGUGUGUUCUGUUUCAUAAAUUACAUCGGGAGUACUAAGAAUUUGCUUGAUUGUAUGUUUGGCUAUUAUGUUAGUAUCAGCCACACUUUGAGCCCUUGUCAGUUCACACUCUUUUCUUACUCCUGGAUUCU